AUGUCUGCCACCAAAGAAGUACCGGGAACUGUUAGGCUCUUUGCAGACUCUGGUGAAUUACUUCAAACUAAAGUUGAAUUGGUCCCAAAACCCAGUCAUCACGCUGAAGAUCCACUCAACUGGUCUCGAACUCGGAACUUCACUUUCAUUGGAGCCAUCUCCACUUCAGUCCUAUUUUCCAUUUACACUCAACUGGCUGAAGAAACAAAUCUCACCCUUGAUCAGCUCGUUGCUGGCAGUGGCUAUUCGUACUGGGCAAUCGGAUUCUCAAACAUAUUCUUCCAGCCUCUGUCACUGGCCAUUGGCAAAAGACCAGUGCUUGUAUUAUGCAACUUGGCAGGCGCAUUGCUCACCAUCUGGACGGUCUACAAUUCAGGCAAUGCCACUUGGAUUGUAUCUCGACUCUUGAUAGGUUUAACUUCCGGACCGUCUUUCUGUUUAAUCGAAGUUGUUAUUGCCGAUGUCCGUGCACUUCCACUUGGUCUCUAUGUAUGCGUGCUGUAUACAGGCGCUGUCAUAGGACCUCUAAUUGGUGGGUUCGUCUUUGAGGGGUUGGGAUGGAAAGGAGUAAUAUGGCUGAGUGUUGGCCUCCAAGUCCUGACGACCAUUGUGAUGAUAUGCUUCUUCGAAGAGACCAACUUCUCCAGAAAAGAACCUACCAUUGCGUUGCAGGUGAUGCCUGAUCUCAACCCAUAUAAUGCAGCCAAACAUCUUUCUCCAAUAUCUCCUGAUGAGACCAAAAACGACACUACUCAUCAGAUUCAAGUUGAACCUGUUUUGCCAAACGAGCAUAGACCUGUGUGGGGUAAACCGAAAUUUCGUCAUUUUUUCACCGUUUCGCCUUAUGCUGCGCAUAUCAUGAAAAGAGGUCUGAUUCAGCCUUUUCUUAUGAUGAGAUUGCCGCUCGUAUGGUGGUGCGGCGUCAUGUAUGGAAUUUAUCAAGUUUACUUUAAUCUAUUCGGCAGUCUAUCUUCUGGUGUACUCGCAUUCCCGCCUUAUGAUUUUAGCACUAGUGCCAUUGGGCUCACCUUCUUAGGUCCGCUAUUGAGCGGUGUACCCAGUGCUGUCCUGAGUGGGUGGCUUUGUGAUGCUUUCUCACUCAAACAAGCGAGAAAGAACUACGGUAUAUCAGAACCGGAACAUAAACUCAAGCUGUACAUUGUGCCCGCUGUUCUUACACCUAUCGGACUAAUAAUGAUGGGUCUUGGGCCUUAUUAUGGUGCUCAUUGGUUGGUCUACGUGGCUGGGGAGUUCGUACUCAACCUUGCAGGACCAGUAGCGACUUUGUUGAUCAUCACUUAUGCUUUUGAUUCAUUUCAUUCGAUUGAUCCCGAUGACAGCCAAGGACCGAAGGCCGCCGCUCAAGAUUCCGCACCUUACUUUUCAGCUAUCAUUCUCAUAGCCAUGUCUAUCACCUUUGCUUUUGGCUACGCCACAACACCUUGGACUUUCGGAUGGAGUUUCAAGCUCUUUGCUAUCACAGCGGCCAUAGGAGGGACCAUAUUGAACGCUACAGUCUUGUUGAUUAUGAGGUACGGCAAGAGACUGCGAGCAGAUGGCGAGCAGUAUUACAGGAAAGUUAUCAAUUGGUAA